AUGAAUGGGAUUGAGAAUAAGAUGGAGAACAGCGAAGGAGAUAGUGCAUCAACAUCAGUCACUUUAAAAUGGGCUACUGAUAUAUUAUGUGCAUCACGCAAUGUAGCCAAUAUUGAAGCACUCGAGAAUAUGUACGAUGAUAUGGCCGACAAAUAUAACGAGAUGACUAAGGUAUUGAAAUACGAUGGAAAUAGGCUGACUGCUAACACCCUUAUCAGUCUGCUACCGAAUCGAGACAUAAGAGUACUCGACGUAGGAUGCGGAAAUGGCCUGUUUGGAAAAGAGCUUUUUGAUAAAGGAUACCGCGAUAUACACGGUGUAGACAUGUCGACUAGAUUUCUCAAGGUUCUUGAAAAGAAACAGAUAUACACCAAGCUUGUGAAAGCGAGAUUUGAUCCAACCACACCUCUUGAAUAUACAGAUGGUUAUUUUGAUGUGAUAGUUAGUUGUGGUGUUUUUCUACCUGCCCAUCUCACUCACACCUGUCUACCAGAGAUUUUCCGUCUUCUUAAACCUGGUGGAGUUUUUAUCAUCACUACCAGGAAGAACGUUUUUGAUGAAGAGAUUGGGGGCGUCAAACUAAAGUCUACCUUUGCUGAUCUGACAGACAAGGGUAAACUCCAGAAGAUAUCUCACAAGGAGAUAGAGUAUCUCACUGAUAGUGAAAAAGAAGUUCCGGGCUUGAUAUUAACCUACAAAAUGUUGUGA